GACCAGAACAAUACAAGUGGGAUGCCAAUUCGAAAUGGGGCCAGAAUAGCAGAGGCAGCCUGUUAGUUGAGCAACGAGCUUUCGAGUUAGGCCUGUCAAAGUCAAAGUACCGUUGUGAACCAUCUCAGUUCUCGUUUGUCUACGUGCGCGUCAUUUUCACUAUUUCGUUUGUUAUAUUAUCAUAAUACUCUAUUUAUUUAUUUAUUUUUUCCUUUUAAUUGUUUCGUGCUCCUAGAAAGUUAUUUAUCAAACAUUUAUUGAGAAAAGUUUUCUCUCCUCCUCUUUUUCUUUCUUUCUUUUUCUCUUUUAUUGUGUUUGUUAUUACGUUACAUCGUGGACUAAAGGAUUAGAGCAUGACGAGAAAGCAAACUUUGAUCAUAAAACUUAAAAGAUCCAGUACUGGUAGACCUUGGGGAAUAAGAAUUGCUGGUGGAGCUGAUUUGGGUUCACCUAUUGUCGUCACCCGCUCGGAGAACGAGGAGCUCCAGAGGGGUGACGUGAUAAAAAAAAUCGACGAUUACGACACACGUGAUGUGAGGCAUGUAGACGCCCAAAAUCUUCUACAAAAGUCUGAAAGAAUAAAGCUCGUCGUGGAAAGGUCCGAACAUUCUAGAGCAUCUCGUAUCGACACUCCUACAACAUCGCCUAUGAUUAUCGGCUCGAUCAUUGGCGGCAGGGCUGCGGUUACUAGUCUAGCUAAACCAGCUAAAAUACCAGGGGAAUUACCAAAAAGUCCGGUACCACCGCCAUCAUUCGAAGAAUAUAUACCAUCUCCAAUUCCGUCGGAUCGUUUCCAACCAGCACACGAACAUCUCGAUGAAGUCCGCGAGGAACGAGUUUAUUUAUCACAGCCAUACCGUACAACUCCUUUAGUUUUGCCAGGUGCCAAGGUUAAAAAGGAUGCACCCUUGGGAGAAUGUUACCUUCGUCAUCAUCCCAAUCCUAUGAUUCGUGCUGCACCACAUCAUUACGAACCAGCUCAUCCUGAAGUAGCUAUGAAACAAAAAGUGGCGGAAACAGUACUUCAACGUGUUUUGGGACCGAAUGAAGUUCCAAAGGUUGUCCAUAAACAAUUCAAUUCUCCGAUUGGACUUUACUCCGAACAAAAUAUUGCAGAUACUAUCAAAUGUCAGGCAUCGGCCAUACCCAUUUUCAUAGAUUUUUCCUUCCUGAAACAAAAACAGGAUAUACAGGAGCAGGCGAGAAUUUUGAAGGAGCAGGCCAAAGCCGCUUCCUCGAAGAACGUGUGGCCGCAAUUUAAUAAACCAAAUUAGAAUCUCGUUCGAGACGUUUUUCGAUGCUUUUCUCUCGCAUACAUUGGUUACGGCGUAUCCAUCCAUAUGAACGAUCUGCAUUAUCGAUCGUCGAUCACGUUUGUCGUCGUUUUGUUUUUCAUUUUUUCAUCAAUUUUUCUUUUUUUUCUUUUUUUUCGAAAAUCAUAUUCAAAACAAUUCAAUUCGCGAACGUGAUUAAUCGAUCGAUUAAAUAAAAUAUCAAAAAUGAAUUUCCUAUUAGUGUGUGCUAUAUAUUCUAUGGAUUGAAAUAUUAGUUAUACAUAUACGGUAGCUAUAACCUUCGAAUCGAAUGAAAAAUAUUAAAGAUAAAAAAACAGAAAAAAAAAACAAAAAAAAAAAAAGAAAGGAAGCCAUGUAUAAAAAAAAGUUAGACAAAUAAUGAUUGCAUGCAAUAGAAUAAUAAAGUAGAAAAUAUUUAACUAA